UUGACUGACUGACUGAAAAAAAAGAUUUCAUUUCUCACUCAUCUUCUUCAUCAUCAUCAUCAUCAACACCAUUUCUCCGCGGUUCUUCCUCUCUCACUUAAGCAAAAUCUUCAAAACCAAAACCUGAAGAAUCAAACCUACACAAUUCCCCCCUUUCUACCGCCGAUUCUUCGUUUCUAUCGAUUCCGUAUCGUCUUUUCAACAACGACUGCUCGACCUCUUUGUAUGCAGCAUCAGCCAUGGACGGAGCAAAUCAACGUAACCCUCGCUCUGUAGAAGAUGUUUUCAAGGACUUCAAAGGUCGUCGUGCUGGCUUGAUCAAAGCCCUUACCACAGAUGUGGAAGAUUUCUUUCAACAGUGCGAUCCUGAGAAGGAGAACCUUUGUCUGUAUGCAUUGCCUAGUGAGCAGUGGGAAGUUAAUUUACCUGCAGAAGAAGUGCCUCCUGAGCUUCCUGAACCUGCACUAGGCAUUAAUUUUGCAAGGGAUGGAAUGCUGGAAAAGGAUUGGUUGGCUCUUGUUUCUGUUCACAGUGAUUCUUGGUUACUUGCUGUGGCCUUCUACUUUGGUGCUAGAUUUGGCUUUGACAAAUCUGACAGGAAACGACUCUUCACUAUGAUCAAUGAUCUUCCAACAGUAUUUGAAGUUGUGACUGGAACUACAAAGAAUCAAGUGAAGGACAAGUCAACAGUGUCCAACCAUAGCAGCAACAAAAAACCCAGCGUGAAAGUGACAAAAAUCACAAAGCCUCCAAAGGAGGAGGAAGAAGAGGAGGAGGAUGAUCUGGGAUUCGAGGAUGAGGAAGAGGAUGAAGAUCAUGGAGAUACCUUGUGUGGGGCAUGUGGUGAUAACUAUGCAUCGGACGAAUUCUGGAUCUGUUGUGAUAUAUGCGAGAGGUGGUUUCAUGGAAAGUGUGUGAAGAUCACUCCAGCCAGGGCUGAACACAUCAAGCACUAUAAAUGCCCGUCUUGCAGCAACCACAAGAGAGCUAGGCCUUGAAAUCGUUGAAAUUUCUCUCGGUAAUCAGUUAUUCAGAGUUAGGUAACUGUUGAAAUUGGUGGUCAGGUUUUCAAAAAUUGUGGAUUUGGUAAAUUUUUAGCAUUUUAUUACAUGAAUUGAUUGUCUUUAGAUUUGAGUUACCUUACUGGAGUUUUUUUUUUUUUUUUUCUGGAAGUAGAAACAAAUACUUAUAUGAUUUGGGUUGGUCUUUAGAGGCUUAGCAAUGCUUCAUUUGAAA